CGCUCUGCUCCGCCACUGCAUGUUCCGAGCGUAAGCAAGGAGGGAACACGCUUAAGGAAGAUGUGUAUGAAAGACCUGUUUGACUUUAACUUAAGGUGCUUCUUUCGCAGCGAUCGAAAAAAAAAUAGUUAUCGAAAUUACUUUGACUGAAAAGACUGGUGUCGGAAACUAUGUACAUAUGACUCAGCACGCGGUAUGGUAGAAGUGGUUGUGCAAAGAUCCUUGGAGUGCAUAUAGCUACUGGAGCAAGUAGCAAUGACAACUAAAUGCGGAUUUUGGUUCUUCCUCAUUUUUGAACUGGUUCUGGCUCCUGGAGCACCAGCAGAGAAAAUAUGCAUUGUUCAUUCAAGCAAGGAAGUUCAUAUGGGCUCAAGCUUUCAAAUCUCCUGUAUCUUCAAAAAGGAUUGCAACAAAAUGAUUCACCAAGAUGAGGUGCUAGUAAAUAACAAAAGCAGCUUCAAUUCAACCAUGGCAAUUAUGAGCAUCGUGAAUCUGACAAAACACACCACCAUCACCUGCAAGUGCGAUGAUCAUGUAGAGCCCUGUGGAAUGGACAUCACUCCUGGAUAUCCUCCAGGGGUUCCACAAAACCUAACCUGUGAGCAAGAAGGAGAAUCUGGCAAAGUGAAGUGUACAUGGACAAUGGGUUUGGAAACAUACAUAAGGACCACAUCGAAUCUAUGGGUGCAUGGAACUACCCUUGCUGUGUACCCUAGUGAUGACAAAACCACAUCAGGUUCCUUUCCCAUCUUAGACAAGCAGACCAAGUUCUUUGUGUGGGUCACUGCUAACAACAGUCUGGGUUCAGCAAACUCAUCAUUCCUCAGCAUCAGUCACAAUGACAUAGUGAAGCCUUUGCGCCCAAAUAUUACAAAAGUGGAGUGCUCCUCAAGACAAUGCCAGCUCUACGCUGACAAAGCAGAAAGCAUUCAGCUGGUGGAGAUCCAAUACGGAGCAGGUCAGGAGAUGCAGAACACCACCUUCUUCAAUCAUACAGGUUCAUGGACCAUAACUUCACUGAGUCCAUACACCCGGUACACGUUCAAGGUCAGAUGGAAAUAUAAACCAACAACAGGACUGUGGAGUGAGUGGAACAUAACUUGGCCUACGACUGAUGAAGAAGCUCCUGUGAGGAUGCUUGAUGCUUGGUACAUUGAACAGAGCACCCAAGCAGUCAUCAGAUCUUCACAGUUAUUUUGGAAGGAUCUGAGCGAAUCAGAAGCCAGAGGAACUAUUCUGUUCUACAGAAUAAGCAUUGUAGACAAGGGGAAUGAGACCACUAUUAACAUUACAUCCACAAGAAGCUACAAGGUUCCGUGCUCUCUCUGUAACGUAUCCAUUUUUGCCAUCAACUCAAAGGGCCAGUCUCCUCCCAGAGUGAUUCAGCUACAGCCUAUAAGUCUGCUUCAGUUAAAAGUGUCACACAUCUAUGUGAAUAACCACAGUGUCGCCCUCUCCUGGCCACCCAGUGUAAACACUGUGACAGAGUACCUGGUAGAGUGGUAUCCUGUUGGACGUAAAGAGCAGCUUCAGUGGAUCAGAGUGAAGCGCCAUCUAAACACUGUAAACAUUACUGAUUUAAAGCCUGCUGAAUGCUAUGAGGGUGCAGUCAUUUAUCUGCAUUUAUUGGGGACAGCAAAAGCUGUCUUCAGCGGUAUCUCCACAUGGCAAUCAGCACCACAACACGGUCCUGAUUGUUACACCAGUGUGAUGAAUGAGGAUGUGCAUGUGAAAUGGGCUGAAGUGCCUCUGGAGAAGAGAGGGGGUUGUCUGACAAAGUAUACCAUCUACCUGGAGGAUUUAAAAGGGAGGAAGCAAAACUACAGUGUGCUGCACCCACAGAGACAGUAUACCAUCAGUGGCCUGACUCCUGGACAGCGAUACAAGCUUUGGGUCUCAGCCUGGACUGAAGCAGGAGAAGGCCCCAAAGGCAGCGAGUACCAUUUUAUUGCAAAACACUCAGAAGGCCUGUUAGCUGAGGCAUCUCUGCUCCUGGUCCUGUGUACUGGAUUUGCUUUCUUCCUGAUCUGCCUUUUGCGGUGUGCCUGUCAGUUCUCUUCAGUAUACAGAAGAUUUUCACAAUGCUGUCACUGCCUAAUGCCCAAUAUUGUCCCUGAUCCUGCUAAUAGUAAAUGGGCAAAGGAGUGUGCCAGUGAGAAGGGUGAAAUGAACCUGCAGUUGCACCUCAGUGACUCUAGUUUGAGUGAAGAGGAGCCAGAUACUGUUGAGGUGCAGGAGGUUCCUCAGGAAAAGCUGCUCCAAAAUGAGACUAUCCCAGCCACUGGAGCCCUCAACUCUGUUAGGGACCUUGACCUUCAGGACCGGGAACUUUGUGCCCCAGCAGCACCAUAUCAGUCCAACAUCACUAGCUCUUACCUCAAAAGCUUUUCUCAUGAGUCCAGCUUCUCAAACGCUACCCAGAGCACGGAUAUAACUGUGGACUACAUUUCCACUCAUGCGGUGAUCAGUGGAGAAGAGGACAAUGAUGAAGAAGUGGAAACCAUGGAGGUGUUAGGUUUUUUUCCCUGCCCCCAAAGUCCUUUCCUGGAGCCUCUAAUUUCCAUCGGAGGAAAACUGACUCUCGACACAGUGAAAAUAGACUGUAGCAAUUUUUUAGACUGCACAUGACCCUCUGAAUGCAGUACAAUUUGAAUCGACUAUAACAGUGGCAAUAUGACUAACAUAUGUUCAAUAUGUGUACAUGAACUGGACAUAUGCCUUUACAGGAACUAAAAUGUUCCUGCAACAUCAAUCAAGGGGACCAGUUUUGGCAUCUACACUCUAUGCUUCAUACUUUUCUUACUAAACUCAACUCUGCAACACUAAAAGAACAUGAUAGAAACUUGAAGUUAUGAAUAUUAUAGGAUUAGCAACACAACUAGAAAACCAUUACUACACCAAUGUAAUCUGAUAACGACCCAUUGUCACAAUUUUUCUGAGCUUUAAUGUCAGUUUCUGAGGUUUAUAAGGAGACCUUAUAUUUUCACAGUAAAUAGUAUCAUACACAUUUUGAGGAUUUUGCAUUCAGAAUAAUUGUUUUUCACAGAAAUCUUGUGUUUGAAAUCACCUAUCAAUUUCUUUGCCAGUGGCACUGUUCCAAGUGAGAAGAGCUUAAGGUAUUUUUAGAAAACAUACACUUGCUGAGCAUUUUAGGUAAUGGUAAACUAAACUUCUACCAUAAAUGGUCACUCCAAUAAAAUUGUGUUCCAAUACCUCAUAAGCUACACUACUACUGCUCUCACUCCUUUGCAGAGCAUUCAGCCAGAACACAACACAGUGAAAGAGGCUUUUACCGAUGUGGUGGCCCAUUUCCAACACAGCAUUACCAAUUACAUGGUAGUGGGUGAUACAGCUGGUACAGCACCCCCACCCAAAAACAUCCAUCAAACAAGCCUGUUGAAGGGCUAAAUGACAACUAAAAUUGUGCCAGGUAAUGCAUAUGGGUUCUAGCUGCAUAAGACAUGUUUAUAAUAAAGGUGCUCAUGUGUAUUCCAUCAUAGUGUCAAAAAUGCUUCACACGUGUAUUGCAAAUAGGGAAAUUCAGACCUUGCACAUUUACAGGAUCAUGGAUCAGCUUUAACCUACCAGUUAAAGUCAGUAAGGUCAGGAAACCUCUCGUCCAAAUAGUAAAUGAGUUCCUAUUUCCUCAUUUAGUGUUAGAAGUCCACACAACAACUCAAUUUGAAUAGACCAUCUUUUUAAUUAUGGACAGAGGUCUGAGUAAUAGCAGGGUUAGAAUUCACACAUUUUUCACAGCACUCAGUCAUUCCACACUGAACAACUGGUAUCUUUCAGAACACCUAUGGAGUAGUGCUGUUGUAGAAAAGCACCAAGACAUUAGAGAACCAAACUUAAAACAGAACUGCUGUCAUAAAAUAAGAUAAACCAAUUCUUGUGGUAAACAGGAGUGCAAAAUGUAAACUAGAUUUUUUUUUUUUUAUCCAAAUUCUUUGAUGAAUGAGUACCUUACUAUCCUGAACGCAUCCUAAGUCAAUGUCAAUAAACUAAUCUAUAUCUUAUGGUCAUAAGUCACAUUUGGGAUAUAUGAAAAUGCUUCUCAGGAUUAUCUUGAGCUAUUCUGAAGGUAGAAAGAUUUUGGCAUCAAGCUACAAAUGUUGCUUCAUUUAAGAUCGCAGA